AUGAGAGAUCGGUUCGGCAAUCCAAGUCCAUGGGCGGAACCAGCCUGGUACAAUGUGCUGUCAUCGCCGUACUAUAAUGACAGCCAUCGCAAAUUGCGCGACUUUGUGAGGGCAUACAUUGAUGACAACGUCCUUCCAAAUGCCCAGGAGUGGGAAGAAGAGGGCCAUGUUCCCCUAGAGGAGACUCUGCGGUUUGCGCGCGCCGGUCUUGCACUGCAGGAUGUUCCUCCCAAAUACCGUCCUGGUAUUUCUUUGCCAGCUGGCAUUGAUGAAAAGGACUGGGAUGCUUUCCAUUUUCUCAUCCUGGCCGACGAGAAAGGCCGCAUCGAAAGCGGUGUAAGCUCGGGCCUCGCCUCGGCCUCCGCCAUCGGUUUGCCCCCGGUGAUAGCGUACGGGACGGAGGCUCAGAAGCAGAAGUGGCUUCCUGGCAUCAUUACCGGUGAGACUAGAUUCUGUCUUGGGGCCACAGAGCCGAGUGGCGGCUCUGACCUUGCCAGCCUCAAGACAACGGCGGUCAAAACGGACGACGGCAAGUACUACAUUGUCAACGGGCACAAAAAAUGGAUUACUGGCGCGAUGGAAGCAACGCACAUGACCACAGCUGUGAGAACAGGGGGCCCUGGUGCCGGAGGGGUGUCGGUCUUGGUCAUUGAGACGGAUCGUCCUGGGUUUUCCACCCGUAAGAUCAAGAACAGCGGAGCCAAUGCUGGAAGGAGUGCCUGGGUCACCCUGGAGAACGUCAAGGUUCCCGUCGAGAAUCUCAUCGGGAAGGAGAACCAGGGCUUCCGUACCCUCAUGAGCAAUUUCAAUCGGGAACGUUUUAUGAUCGCAGUCAUCAUGAACCGGAAGAGCAGAACGUGUCUGUCAGUCGCUUUGCAAUAUGCGCACGACCGGGUCACCUUCGGCAAACCGCUCAUUUCCAACCAAGUGAUUCGACAGAAGUUCGCUGCUCUGGCCAAGGACGUCGAGGCUCACUGGGCAUGGCUCGAACAGAUAUGCUACCAUGUCAACGUGAAUGGGUGGACCGAUGAUUUGGCCAGCCGGAUCGCUCUCGCAAAGGUGUUUGGCGGUCAGAUGCUUGAGCGGUCCUGUCGCGAAGCUCAGCAGGUUUUAGGAGGAGCUGGGUACCAGAGAGGUGGUGUUGGCUGGCAGGUUGAGCAGAUCAGCCGUGAUCUGCGCAUGCUGGUGGUCGGCGGAGGGAGCGAGGAAAUCAUCGCCGACCUUGCUGUGAGACAAGAGCUGGCAUUGACCAAGCGACAUGGUUCAAACCUGUGA